GCUGAGAGGAGUGGAACGCCCGCCACACGCUCCCCGAGCUCGGCGCCGUCCGGGCCAAAUGGCGACUCCCUCCGCCCCCUUGCUCCGUUCCCACCCCCACCGCCGCGUGCUCUUCCCCUCCUCACCGCGCCACUGUCCCGCCUCCCUGAUUGGGCUCCCUCCCCGCAAAUCCCCCUCCUCCCGCAGGCUCCCGUACACCGCGGUGCGGUCCUCCUCAACCACCUCACCCUCGGCACCGAAAGCGGCCGAGGCCACAGUUGAAGAGGCGGCCGCGGCCCAGGCCGUAGCCGCCGACGGUGGGGGGGAGCGGGUGGUGCUCCCCACCAACGAAUCCUCCGGCCGCCUGCUGCGCAUCCGGCACACCUGUGCCCAUGUGAUGGCCAUGGCUGUACAGAAGCUGUUCCCCAACUCCAAGGUGACAAUAGGUCCCUGGAUAGACAACGGUUUCUACUACGACUUUGACAUGGAGCCCUUGACGGACAAGGACCUCAAGAAAAUCAAGAAGGAGAUGGAUCGGAUCAUCCGACGGAACCUCCCAUUGGUGAGGGAGGAGGUGUCCAGGGAGGAGGCCCAAAAGAGGAUUGAAACACUCAACGAGCCGUAUAAGUUGGAGAUUCUGGAGAGCAUUAAGGAAGAACCUAUCACAAUUUACCACAUUGGAGAAGAGUGGUGGGAUCUCUGUGCUGGGCCUCAUGUGGAGUCCACUGGACAAAUAAACAGAAAGGCUGUUGAGCUUGAGUCUGUUGCUGGUGCUUAUUGGAGAGGUGAUGAGAAUAACCAAAUGCUGCAACGAAUAUAUGGGACUGCAUGGGAGAAUGAAGAUCAAAUGAAGGCUUACAUCCACUUUAAGGAGGAGGCCAAGCGCCGAGAUCAUCGGCGACUGGGUCAGGACCUUGAUCUGUUCUCUAUACAGGAAGAUGCUGGUGGUGGUUUAGUAUUCUGGCAUCCAAAAGGUGCUAUUAUCAGGCACAUUUUAGAAGACUCAUGGAAACAGAUUCACCUGCAACAUGGUUAUGAUCUACUAUACACUCCACAUGUAGCAAAGGCUGAUCUUUGGAAAAUCAGCGGGCACAUAGAUUUCUACAAAGAGAACAUGUACAAUCAAAUGGAUGUUGAAGAUGAGCUGUAUCAACUGCGGCCCAUGAAUUGCCCUUACCACAUUUUGGUAUACAAGAGAAAACUACAUUCAUACAGGGAGUUUCCUAUCAGAGUGGCAGAGCUUGGGACUGUCUACAGAUAUGAGCUAUCUGGUAGUCUGCACGGGCUAUUCCGUGUACGAGGGUUUACGCAGGAUGAUGCCCACAUAUUUUGUCUAGAGGACCAGAUAAAAGAUGAAAUUAGAGGUGUUCUUGAUUUAACUGAGCAAAUACUGGGACAAUUUGGUUUUCGGUAUUAUGAGAUAAACCUUUCAACCAAGCCAGAAAAAUCUGUUGGCAGUGAUGAUAUAUGGGAAAAAGCAACAAUUGCUCUGAAGGAUGCCUUAGAUGAUAAAGGUUGGGAAUACAAGGUUGAUGAAGGUGGAGGUGCUUUUUAUGGUCCAAAAAUUGAUCUAAAAAUUGAGGAUGCUCUUGGAAGGAAAUGGCAAUGUUCCACUGUACAGGUCGAUUUUAAUUUGCCUGAACGGUUUGACAUUACAUAUGUCGAUUCAAAUACUGAGAAAAAACGACCUAUCAUGAUUCAUAGAGCUGUCCUUGGGUCUUUGGAACGCUUCUUUGGUGUCCUGAUUGAACACUACGCUGGUGAUUUUCCACUUUGGCUUGCACCAACCCAAGUCCGUAUUCUACCUGUGACAGAUAAUGAGUUGCAAUACUGUAACGAGGUGGCCUCUGAACUGAAAUCAAGAGGGUUCCGUGCUGAUGUUUGUCAUGGAGAGCGCCUACCUAAGCUAAUAAGGAACGCCGAAACACAGAAGGUGCCACUCAUGGCAGUAGUUGGUCCUAAAGAAGUUCAAGCCAGGACCCUGACCAUCAGGUCCAGGCAUAAUGGGGAGAUUGGUACAAUGCCCGUGGAUGAAUUCAUGAGCAGACUUCAACUUGCUGUUGCGAACAGAUCUUCGUUAUAGAUCCUUUGAUCCGCUAAAUUUCAGUCGAUACUGUAGAGCACUAGAUCCUCUGCACAUAGACCUGUGCCCUGAAAGAACAAUAGCAGCUGAGGUCUGCAAGAGCAGAUCCAACAAAUUUGUGCAUAGUUGUCUCCACAGUAUUUCACUCUUACAAAAAUCCAACAUCCUUCUCUGUAUAUUUUUUUGCGGAAAGGGAGUCUCAAUUAACACAGUCAGGCUUGCUAUAAAUAAUCCAUUUUCAGA